AUGGGAGUUUCGCUGAUAACGCCAUCGAAUGGUAAAUUGAAUCCGCUUGACAAGCGGAUAAUGUCAAUUUGUGCUGGUUCAAUGAACCGUUGGUCUGUCGCCGAUUUCAAUAUGUUCUGGGCUGCUGCUGCUAUUCCAACUGCGACACUCUGCAUUAUAUCCAAACCCGAACACAGCGAAGCUAGUGUACCGCCAGCCAAGCAAUCACCAGCACCCGUAAGCCUAACUACUGUGGCAGAUAGUGCAGGGAAAUGUACAGCUAUAUUAUGGCUCCCUUUCGACUCAAGGGUGCCUAAUAUCUUAUUGGCAGGGCAAUCCGCUAGUUGUUUCGAAGCACAAGAAUACACCUUGUGGUCCGAGGGUCACAAUUACUACUUUAACACCUUUCUCAAGCAGAACCCAUGCUGGAGGCUUUAG